AUGAUGGAAAACAAAUUAGAUGGAUCAGUAGAAGGUCAUUUUGAGCCAUCUUAUGAGUGGCAACAUCAAGAAGGAGUUGAUCUUCUCUUGGUCCAUCUCCCAGAAUUCAAGGAUAAAGAAGGAUUGAAGGUACAAGUUAGCAAUUGUGGAGUUGUAAAGAUUUCAGGAGAUGGUCAAGCAAAUCAAACCAGAUUAAAUUUUCUCAAAGAGAUUCAAUUACGAAAGGAUCAUAACGUAGAUGCGAUAAAGGCCAAAUUUGAGAAGGGUGUUCUCAAAAUUACACUGCCAAAGAAGAGUACUAAUGAAAGCUUAAAUGAAGUAUCAAAUGAAUCAAGAUUCAAGAAAUUCAAAAAGGUGGCCUUGGGUGUUGCAGCUAUCGUGGUUGUAGUUUCUGCUUUCUCCGGAUUCGCUUACUACAUUUAUAGGUCUACAAUUGUUAAAGACUAAUAUAAUUAAAAUUACUUCUAUUUAUA